AUGGUUGACCUUUCUCAAAGCGAUUUGGAACCGAGGCAUAACCCACCGUCGCACACCAACGCACGUACAUUCAAAUACCACUCUGGAAUCUCCUUUCAUUGGUCCGUGGAAGAACAACUUGCUCUUCAAGAAGUACUUGCUACGUUUGCCUCAUAUUCCAACAUAAAACUCUAUGCAAAGAUAGCAACAAAGAUACCGACUAAGACAAUACGCGACAUAGCACUCCGAGUCAAAUGGAUGAAAGAAAAAAUUGUUGAUCUUGCAAUCAAGUCGUCUAACUCUGCUGCGCAAGUAAACAUUCUCCCAGAAAGAGUUGUUGAUCAUACAAACCAGUCGUCAGACACUUCUGCGCAAGCAAUUCUCAACAUUCUCCCAGAAAGAGUUGUUUAUCAUGCAAACAAGUCAUCAGAUUCUGCUGCGCAAGAAGAGUUAAGGAUGGACAAUGAUGGUGGCAUCUCUUUGGAAGCAAUUUUAGAGGCCGCAAAGGCACUAUUGGAGCACAACAAACAGCUCUUAAGUUUAAUCGAUGGAAAUCUUGCUUCUAUUGAGACUUUUAAUUCAACGAAGUUCACGGAGCAUGAGAUCAAAUUUUUCGGCCAAUUUUUGCAUGAACGGCAGGAAGCCUUUCGAAGUAAACUCAAGGAGGAUAACAUGGUUCUUUUCGAAGAAAUCAGAUAUAACAUCAAUAGAGUUUUGAACGCUACGAAUAGCAAGCAAAUGCCACCUCUUUCUGAUCGUCUGAAUGAAAUGGAGAAGAGUUCCUUCCUUCGAUGGAUAAAUAACGGAUUAUGUUCACAACUUCGUAUCUGA